AUGCACUCCUCCUUCUACCUCCCCCUGGUCAAUAUCACCCCCUUCCUCGACGACCCCUCCAGCCCCGCGGCCCAGCAGGUCAUCGACGAUGUCCGCAGAGCCUGCCAAUCUACGGGCUUCUUCCAGAUGAAAGGCCAUGGCGUGCCACUCAAACUCCAAAAAUCCAUACUCGCCGCCGCCGCCAAAUUCUUCGCCCUCCCGAUGGAAGCCAAACUCGCGCUGGACGCGCGCCAGAAUGUUGGGUUCCGCGGGUACGAUGUGAUGGAAACACAGUCCUACGAGCUCGAGUUCGGCGCACCCCAGGGCCAAGAGGCCCACGUCGUCCGCGACAUCAAAGAGGGCUUCUUCAUCUCCAGCGACCUCCCCCUGGACCAUCCGCGGGUGCGCGAGGGCCGAUUCUUGCAGGGCCCCAACGUCUGGCCGAGCAAGGAGCUGCUGGCCCCGCAGGAGUUCCGGGUUGUGCUGGGGGAGUACCUCAGCGAGAUGCAGCGGUUGUCGCGUGUGGUGCUGUCGCUUGUGGCCGCGACGCUGCCGUACGGCCCCGCGAGUGUUUGA